CCGACGUGUGCGGUUGCUGCUGUUUUGGGCAGCGAUGUUGCUGUGCAUCUAUUUUCUGGCGCUGGCGCUGCCAGCAGCCACAGGGUUCCCAGCUUGUUUUGGCGAUGCCAUCCCGGAGUCACAGCGAAAAAACAUCACAAUCCGAGGAACGUCAAUGGGCGUUGGAAGUUUGAGAAUGUCAUGGGAUUCGGCCCAGUUCCUGCAGCACCUCUUUGAGAUUUUGGUGACUGAGAAGUUGGGGUAUCAUGUUGCAAACCAGGGAGUUGCGAACAACGCGCAGACGGCGCUGUUCCAACUUGGCAGCUGCCAAAAUCCUGGCGGUACAUCAAUGGAAGAGAGGCAAUGUGGACUGGAUGGCUACAUUACGCCCUAUCACGUGACCAUGGAGUUUUGGAAUUCUGCCGGCGCAGCAUACAUUGCAGAGUUCCAGGCAUGGAAUCCAGCACUAUCUCCUCCGAAGGCAAGACAUUAUACCUAUGUAGGUGCCGAAUACAUGUUUGCCUUUGGACCUCAAAUAGACGCUGCUCGCAAUGACGGCGUGGCCAUGACAUUCUACAAGUCAUGGAACUACACGUGGUUCGACCCAACCCCGUAUUUCUCGAAGCUCACAGACUUCACUGUUGGGGUGGACAUUGCGAAUUGUUCUACCUUGUUCAAGCUGACAGAUCCUGUCCUAGCAGCAGCCUUCAUUGCAGUGACGGGCUACGCGGACGCAGUGGUGGAUAACAAAAUUGCAUGCUGGAAUGAUGCAUUCGUGUUGGGCCCUGGGUGCCGCGAUCCAGUUGAUCCAGACAAGUGCAUCCCGUACCUCACGUAUAGUGGGUGGCUAGAACCUUCUGGAAUUCAGAAGAUUUUCUCCUACAACACAGCCAUAGCUUAUGGAGAAGCUGAAAGCUGGGGCGCGUACACGCAAAUCCCACGGAACUUCAGAGUCCUGUCAUACUGGUGGAGCCCAGCCACAGAGUUCAGUGACAUGCGAGCAGAGAAACUGGUUUUCCCUGGGCCCAGCAGUCCAUCAGACUGGGCGAAGAAUAUCCGGAACAAGCUGUACCCCAUCUCCGAGAUGUAUUCGUUCACUGCCAGAGAGAUCAAGGACCUGUAUGCGGACAUCUACACGUUGGUGACCCGCAUUGACCUGAGCAAUCAAGAAUUUGAUGCGGUUAUGUCGAACUUGCAGGCAAAUUGGGCGCGAGGAAUUUCUGGACAAGAUGGCUAUCGUCAGACAGCAUGUGACUUUAUUCAGGCAAAUUUGGCGAAGACUCUCGCAUGGAUUCCGAACGAUUUGGAAUGCGCAGCCGGCACAGGCGUUCGAACAGCAGAUGGCGGCUAUGAGUUGACGACCCGUGAGGAAGCUUCUUAUUGUGAGUGGUGUCCUCCAGGCAGAUUCUCCAAUCCUAUCCUUCUCACGAGCGUGAGCCAUGCCAACAUCCAAACAUACAGGUGUGAUGCGUGUCCUGCAGGGCAGAAGCAGACAACUGGAGGAUCCACCUUCUGUGAAGAUUGUUCCAGUGGCACUUUCAGUUCUUCACCGGGCACAGUGAAGUGCAGCUUGUGCCCAAUUGGUCAGUACAUCCCAACAAACGGCGCAUCUCGAUGUGAGCGAUGCCCUGCACCAAUGGUUACAGCAGAGGAAGCCAGCCGAUUUUCGACUGAGUGCAUAUGUCCUGUUGGCACGGUCCGUCCGUGUCGGCAGACUUCUGCACCCAACGCACUUCGCGAAGGUUGCACAUGCAACAAAGAUGUCUACCUGCCAGAGACCAGCUCAACAUGCAUUCCAUGCCCUGAGGGCUUGGAUUGCCAACCAGGUGCUGAUGAGAAGGAUUUGCCUUGCAAUGCCGCUAUGGAGUCCCCGGGUUUGAACUAUCCACGGCCGCUACCUUCGCACUACACGGACUUUGAAUCUCCCUACAGCGUCUACCUUUGCAAGGAUGCAAUGAUAUGCCCAGGCAACGCCAUUGGCGUGUGCACGGACAAUGCAUAUGGCAUUGCAUGCGGAUUCUGUGAGGUCGGUUUCUACAGGCAAAUCGACGGCUUUUGCCAGGAAUGCAACGCUGCUUUCAGGGCACCUCUGGUGCCAGUGCUCUUCCUUCUCGGAGCUCCAUGUGCUCUCAUCAUCAUCAUGAAAUUCAGUGCCCAAGAUAUCUCAAAGACCAAGUUCUCCACCUUCAAUGAAUUGCUCGGCAUCAUGUACGUGUCCAUCGUGUUUAUCCAGACCUUGGGGACAAAUCUGAGCAUCCUUCCAGAUGUGCCGGGGGUGCUGAAUUCUUCCCUUGCCUGGACGCCGGCAAUUUCAGACAUCUCUUCGCAAUUUCGCCUGCAAUGCUUUAUGCGCAUGAGCUUCUCCUCUGAGUUUGCCCUGAAGCUGCUGGCACCUUUGUAUGGUGGCCUCCUUUUCCUGGCAAUGUAUUGGGUGAGCAAAUGCUGCAAGAAGUUGGCUUUGGACAGAGACAUUGUCAUCGGUACCUAUGGCAGUUUUUUCGUCGCCUUCUUCAUUUCCAUCACCAAUCUGUCCUUGAAGCUGUUCCAGACUUACGGGCACCCAAAUGGUGAGAGGUCCAUGAUUUCGGAGCCGGCAGUGAUAACCAGCUCGGAAAUGUGGCUGAGCAUGGUGGCUGGCACUACUCUGGCAAUUCUACUGUACUGUGCUGGUGCAACAGCUAGCAUCGUGUAUGCGCUUUACAAUGCACCCACCUUUUACAAGGACCCAGGAUUCCGCAAGCGAUGGAAAUUCCUGUUCCUUUCAGUACGACCAUCGACGUACUGGUGGAUAACCGCUUCGAUGGUGAAGGCAUUUUUCUUGUCGCUCACGACAGUGGCUUUUCAAAGACCCAUGGCGCAAACGAUUUGGCUCGGAUCUGGUUUGAUGCUCUACUUUUUCGCGGUCUUUUGGUUCCUUCCAUGGCGAACUGCAACAUUGCUUUGGCUUGAUGUGGCCCUGCACUACCUGCUUGCAGUGCUUUGUUUGCUGAUGCCAUUCUUCGUGCCUGCAAAUGCCACGGAGCUCAUGGAUGCAGCAUACAUGUUCUUGAUUGUUUGCGCCAUUGGCAUCAUCUGCGCUGCGCUUUGCAUCCUUGGCGUCCUUCGAACGCAGUCGCCGAGCGUGCAGAGAGCCUGGAGGCUGACAUAUGAAAAAGACGCCCGAAAGUUCGUGGAGGUCUUCCAGGUCAUGAACGACGCAAAGCUCAUGGCAGAUGUUCUGCACGGCUUGGUAGAUGUUGACUACACCUUGACGGUGAAUGUGAUGAAGAUUCUUAGCGUGGAGCUCCUCGGAAACACAGAAAGUGGCCGGCUGAUUUGGAGGAAAGGUGGCCGGUUGGGAACCAACAAGAAAAAGGAGCGGGGCCCUGAUCUUCCUGAAGAGUACUAGGCGAUACAUGGCGAUACUAGGCGCAGCUAAGCGCAAGGAACUCCUGUUUCACUGCUGCACAAGGACGGCCAAGUUAUUUUUUUCUUCGGACAUAGAUCGAGACAUUUCGGAUUUGUCGGACAAACGUCAUGAGAGAUCGACAUCGAUCGUAGAUCUACCGUCACUUUGUUGUAUCUCCAUUGCAAAGCAACGGAGAACAACGAAACUUCGCACCGCUGAAUGCAGACUACAAAACGA